AUGUCAAUACAGAUCACAUCCUACCCCCCUCUAGGCAAGGUAACCUGUCUCAAACACGAAAAGAUCAAAUUCACAGUCCAACUGGAGCCCGACUCUGACUCUGACAACCAGAAGGAAUGGGAAGUUCAGAUUUGGCAUGAUAUUGGGGGUACCGAGUGGUUAGCACUUCCCGUCCAGAAAUGCCCGUCAACAGCUGUUCCGCUCUUAAGCAGCGGUCAAGGUCAAGGCUCAAACACCCGGCACGUCUUCGAGGGUGAAAUAACCCAUCCACAGCCAGGGAUUGGAAAUUUUACUAUCCGGUAUCGUGAACAUCAGGAUGGGGAUGCAGAUUCAGAAUGGCAAUGGGCGAACCAGAAGCAACAGGUCGGCGACGGCGAACUGAUCUUCACCUCGAACGAGCUCGGGUUAGAGCAGCAGGAGCUCAAAAAACUGUCUUUUGCGGGCCUUGGACGAUAUUUUGAUAACCUAUCUCCGGAUAUCGAAGUUGAAGUUCGUAAAAGUGAGGCGCCUGGUGCCGCACUGUGGAGUUUAUCGGGGCCGGUGGAACCAGCCGCAGAUGGGCACCCAGGCGUUGCGCGUUUACCACUCGGUGUGCCGUCUUACGUAUCCAGAUUCUUUGCUCUUGUUCGCCUGUCGGUGUCUUGGUUGGGCCCGAGGCAGGGUAAGGACAAGCUUGACCUGUCAGAGGAUGCCAUUCUCUGCUCAUUUUUGCGGAAGGAUGGGGUCCAUGUUGUGCUUUUGGGAGUUUCGGUACACGAUGUUCUUACAGUCCUGGGCUCUGGAUCAGACGGUGCUGUGGUUGUGAAAGCGCAGAAUGAUAAUCCUUCGCCGUCUCGUUUUCAAGUCUUGGUUUCCGCGGCUGAUGAGUUUGAGAUUGCCAUGAGUGCUUUGGUAUAUGAGGCGAGGAAGCUGGUCAGGCCAUAUGACGCUAACGCCAAUGAUGACCAAAACGCACAAUGGCUGUCGAGCUGGUACGAUGGCCUAACAUACUGCACUUGGAAUGGAAUAGGGCAAGACCUCAGCGAAGAGAAGCUCAUCCCUGCCCUUGAUGAGUUAAAGCGUCAGGGUAUCAAUAUCAAGGGACUCAUUAUUGAUGACAAUUGGCAGUCGCUGGACAACGAAGGAGGCGACUCCUGGUAUCGUGGCUGGAACCAAUUCGAGGCGAGUCCAAAGGCAUUCCCGCACGGACUUGCAAAAACAGUGUCUACAAUCAGAGAACUCCACCCGAAUAUCGAGUAUAUUGCCGUCUGGCAUGCACUCCUGGGAUACUGGGGUGGCAUCUCCCCAGACGGGGAACUAGCAUCUACAUACAAAACCAGAGAAGUCCAGCUCAACAGCCCAAUUAGAAGCUCAAUGCUCGCCAUCGACCCCUGCGACAUCCAACGCUUCUACAACGACUUCUACUCCUUUCUCUCCUCUGCCGGAAUUACUGGUGUCAAAGCAGAUGCCCAAUCCUUCCUCGACCUUCUCAGCAACCCCACAGACCGGGCAGAAUUUACAACCUCAUAUCAAGACGCUUGGACGAUCUCGUCCCUCCGCCAUUUCGGACCCAAAGUCAUCUCCUGCAUGUCCCAAUUCCCACAAACAAUUUUCCACUCCCAACUACCCACCAACAAACUAACCAUCGUCGUCCGCAACUCCGACGAUUUUUUCCCAGACAUCGAAGACUCGCACCCGUGGCACGUCUUCUGCAACGCCCACAAUGCUCUCCUAACCAGGUACUUGAACAUCCUCCCAGACUGGGACAUGUUCCAGACUAGCACAAGCAACCCGUACGCCUCCUUCCACGCCGCCGCGCGCUGCAUCUCCGGCGGACCAAUCUACAUCACAGACACGCCAGGCCAACACGACGCCCCCCUCAUAAAGCAAAUGACAGCCCCCACGACCCAGAGUGACUCCAUAACCCUCCGCCCCGGGAUCGUUGGCCGCACCCUCGAUAUGUACCACGACAUCAAAGAAGGUCAUGUCCUGCGGAUAGGGACAUACCACGGCCGCGCGCGGACAGGGAGCGGGAUAAUCGGCUUGUUCAAUGUCGCCGCGACCCCGAAAUCGGCACUGUUCGUUAUGUCUGAUUUUCCUGGGAUUUAUGCGGCAGAUACCGACAGCAAAUAUAUUGUGCGCUCCCACAGGAGCGGGAGGAUUACGAACGGACUGAAUUCGGCGUCGACCGUUUCGGUGAAGUUGGAAGAGAGGGGGUGGGAGAUUCUCACGGCUUAUCCGACGCGGGCGUUUACAUUGGGAGAGAAAGAUAAUGUGGAAACGGAAGUCGCUGUUCUAGGCUUACUGGGUAAGAUGACGGGUGUCGCGGCAUUGGUGAACUCGGAUGUAUUCCUUGAGAGUAACGGGCGGUUGCGGGUGGAUGUUUCGAUCAAGGCGCUUGGAGUGCUAGGGGUAUACUUUUCGCAGCUGCAGGGGUGGGAUAUUGAUGAGCAUUUUAUGGUUCUGAUUUCAGGGAAGGCGGUUCCUCGGAAGACUGUUUGGAGGGAGAAUGGAAGAAUUCUGGCGAUUGAUGUCGAGGAGGCGUGGAGGGAGAUGGGAUUGCAGGCUGGGUGGAGUAAUGAGGUGAACGUUUCGGUGUUGUUGUAA